AGCGGCAGCAGCAGCCUUGGAUCUGGACCUAGAGGACAGCAGGAUACAGCCAGUGACCGACUGAACAACAUGGUCGUUGUGAGAAACCUCGCCUGCCUCUUCCUGCUGCUCGGCUUCUCGCUGCAGGCAGAUGUGAAAAGUGGCAAAGAAGGAGAAAAAUCAGGAAAUUUUAUGGAAGAUGAGCAAUGGCUGUCAACCAUCUCUCAGUACAGCCGUAAGAUCAAACACUGGAAUCGCUUCAGAGACGAAGUAGAGGACGACUACAUCAAAAAUGUGGAGGAGAACACGGGAUCUGAUGAAACUGUGGAUACCACCAAGGAUCCGUGCCAGAAGGUGAAGUGCAGCCGCCAUAAGGUGUGCAUUGCUCAGGGCUACCAGAGGGCCAUGUGUGUCAAUCGGAAGAAACUGGAGCACAGAGUCAAGCAGACAGAGCAGCUGAAGGCUCAUGAAAGCAGCUGCAAGCCUUGCCCUGUGGCUGCCUCCUCACCUGUAUGUGGCUCAGAUGGACACAACUACGCCUCUGAGUGUAAGCUGGAGCAGCAAGCCUGCCUCACAGGCAAAGACCUGAGUGUUAAGUGCAGUGGCCUCUGCCCUUGUGCCACAGCCUCCAUCCCUGUCACAAACACUGAGACCAAGCACGAGAGCUGCACCGGCCAGGACCUGGCAGACCUGGGCGACCGCCUCAGAGACUGGUUCCAGCUCCUUCAUGGAAACGCAAAGCAGAACAACUCUGGCAAGCCCGGCGCUGGCACAGCUUCAGUGCUGGAUAAGAGCCUGGUUGCCAGCUGCAAGGACUCCAUUGGCUGGAUGUUCUCUAAACUGGACACCAACAGUGACCUCUAUCUGGACCACGCGGAGCUGGCUGCCAUCAACCUGGACAAAUACGAAGUGUGCAUCCGGCCCUUCUUCAACUCCUGCGACAGCUACAAGGAUGGGAAGGUCUCUACGGCUGAGUGGUGCUUCUGCUUCUGGAGAGAAAAGCCACCGUGCCUAGCCGAGCUGGAGAGGAUCCAAGUGCAGGAGGUGGCCAAAAAGAAGCCAGGGAUGUACAUUCCCAGCUGCGAUGAAGACGGCUACUACAGGAAGCUGCAGUGUGACCAGAGCCGAGGAGAGUGCUGGUGCGUUGACCAGUAUGGCGGCGAGAUGAUGGGCUCCAGAAUCCAUGGCAACCCCGACUGCGAUGACGUGGUGGGGUAUUCUGGAGAUUUCGGCAGCGGGGUUGGGUGGGAGGAUGAAGAGGAGAAGGAGGCGGAGGACAACGGGGAGGAGGUGGAAGAAGAAGAGGAGGGCGAGGCAGACGAUGGAGGAUACAUCUGGUAGGACUGAGCCCAAACAGAGAGCCCAAACACAGCUGCUGGCCUAAACCACACGGGGGGGAUGGCUCUCUCUCUCCUAACAGCAAAGGAUUUUGGGAUAUGUGCUGGGGAGGCAUGGAAAUGUGUAUCAUCCCAUUGGGAUCUGUGGUGCCGGGCAGGUCCAGUGAUGAGAUGACCAGUUUUUUGUCUUAGAUAUGUGUAUUGCUUCAUUCUUUUCCCUGUUUUAUGAGCAACCGAGCUUUAUGUUUUCGCCGUCCUGGGAAGCAGGACCCACUGACUACUUCUGCGCCAUAGGUAUUAGACCCAUCCCGAGUCCUAUCUGUCCAACUCUCAUCUAUGCAUAUAGAGAUUAAUUUUCCAUUGUGAACAAUUGCUUGACUAUUAGAGCCACUGUCCCACUGGAAUGACUAGAGAUCUGAAUUCAGAACAGCUCAGUGCAAUGUGGUUGUGUGUCUCGUGACAGAUUGUGUAUAUAAAUCCUGUCAACACUUAGAGGAUUCUGAUUCUGAUUCUGAUCUGUCCGGAUUCCCAAGGUUCGAAGCUACCUUUACGAAAAAGGUGUAUCAGUGUGCACAGCUCUAAACAGUUUUUAAAACAAAACACUUUAUCAAUUAAGUGGAUAGACACGAUACAGAACUUUGAAUUUCCUGUCGGAUUACUUUCAUGGAAAAACCAGUAGAAUGUACUUUAUUGUCCCAAAUGGCACCUAGAAACCACUCGUCGCUUCCUCUUUCCAACCGCUAACUCAAAGAUCACGUCAAAGAAUGUGCCACAAUGUUAUAUUCUGAGUAUGCUACUUGAAACUGUAUUUUUUGUGUUUAUCAGUGUGUGCGUUACUUGAAGUUCUGUGUGUAUACUUGAAUUCCCACUGAAAUCUUUUGGGUUUUUUUUAAUGAGAAAAAUCGUCGCCAUUUCUUCAUCCAUGCUAUCAGUAGGCCAGACAUUUGGUUGUUUUUAGUAUUGCAUGUUAGUGAACAAGAAUGUACUUCUAGGCUGAGCACUUUACUAUUAAAGGCAAUGGGGCCAA